UGACACUUUAAAAUGUGCAAGAGUGUUAAAAAUGUAAAUGGAAGUAGAAAUAGAGCCCAAGCAGAUGGCCAAAAUAUGCUGAUAACAAUGACUAGUACAAAUGAGGAACUAGAGAAAACUGUCUUCCCUCGAAUGGCUAGUGACAAUAUUUCUUUUGUUGCUAAAUCUGAUGUGUUGAUUACUGCAUUUGGAACGAGAUACUUAAAAUGUCACAAAGAAAAGCAUCUAAUUGCUGUUGUAUCGCAAAAAAUGAGAACCCUAGCUCGAUUUUUGAUUGCUGUAAGAGGUGAGGUUAGUGAAAUCCAUUCACUUCUGGACUGUUUAUCUCCAAAAUACUUUGAUGUCCUGGUAAAGUGUACUAAACAGAUUGCUCAAUAUAACGAAAAAACUGACAAAUUUGGAUCUCCAUCAAUUAUUUUAAAACUUGGUCAAUCAUUAAAACAGUGUUGCGAUAUUGCUGAAUUUAUUAUGUUAAAAGAAAGUGAUGGCGUCUUAACCAAUACAAGCAAAAGAGACUCUAUAAAUAAUAUUAAAUAUAUGAUAGAGAAACAAUGGUCGUACGAAAUUUCAUCAAAUGCUUGUAAAGAAAUUUACCAAAAUAAAUGGAAUAAACCUGCUCUUCUACCAUUGACUUCUGACAUUCAACUGUUUAGAAAACAUAUAAUAAAUAUUGAACAAGAAUCUUAUAAUCAAUUGAAAACAAACAAAAAUAAUAUUCUAGCGUUUCGUCAACUUCAAGAAAGCAUAUUAGUUCAAAUUGUUUUGCUAAACCGAAGACGAUCAGGGGAAGUUCAAAGAAUACUACUUGAAACUUACAAAAAUGCAGAUUCAGAAAUUUCACAAGAGGAAAUAUUACAUGCUUUGUCUCCUAUCGAACUAGAGUUAACUAAAAGUUUUAAACGUAUAGUUAUACGAGGAAAACGUGGUCGAGGAGUACCUAUACUAUUUACACCUCAUAUUCAGAAACUCAUCAAUUAUCUAAUAACUAUAAGAGAAUCAGCUGAAUUUAUAAAAAAAGAAAACCCUUAUUUAUUUCCAAUCAUCCAAUCAUCAGAUAGUUCAAUGAGAGCCUCAGAUUUAAUAAGAAAAUUUGGUAAAGAGUCAGGAGCAAAAUAUCCAGAAAACAUUACAUCAACUCGUUUGCGAAAACAUGUUGCUACAGUUACUCAAUUGCUUAACUUAACUGAGGGAGACAUUGAGCAAUUGGCAAUAUUUAUGGGACAUACCAAAGACGUUCAUAAACAAUUUUACAGACUCUCAGAUAAU